AUAAAUAAACCCUGCAUAAAUCAGAAGACCUGCUGACAUGAGUAUGUCCCUAGUGAAUGUGGGAAUUAGUCACAUGUCACUGUCUCAACAUCAAGGCUUCCACCUUAGCACUUCUUCAAAGCUUAUUUUACUCUAUUCCCAUCUUCUUUUGUUUCCUCAGUCUUCGUCAAAUUCAAAACUCCAUGGAAAAAUCCUCGGAUUUUUUUCACCACAAUGUGGGAAAAUUGAUAGAAGUGAUUUUUCUUAUUUACCAACACCCAAGUUAGAUAUAUCUAAGGAGAAAAGAACUUUCAAGGCAUUAUUUCAUAAGGAUGAUGUUUUGCCUGCUCCAAGCUCUACUUAACCCAUCUGGGCCAAGACUGAGACCCAUGAACUGAUCAUCCUGUGAAUACUUGAGGAGUGUUGUGUAAUAUGGUCCCAGGAGGAUAUAUGUUCUUAUUAGUGGAAGAAUUCAUUUGUUUCCAUCCAGCAGGGUAUUUGGCAGCUCCUUUUCCUCUGAAUGUUCAUCCCUCCUGCGAUCCCAGAGUGAUGGAGGCGGAAUGACAAACAAGACUUGGUUCUCUUGGUGAAUGUGGAAUCUGAGCACUGUGUGUCCUUGUCCCCCUAGGGAUGUUCAUGGGCAGUGGGGCAGGGGGUUCAGUGGAGAAGGCCUCACCAUAAAAUCUUCACUGCCAGGGCUCCCACAGAGGAGGUCCCAGCCCCAUCUCAGCCUGCAACAAGAGAAGCAAAAAUGAGUCCUGCACCAGGGAAGUUGCUGAACAGAAUAAGAGUUUCAUCUCUGACCUUCAAAAAAGGAAUUUGUUCAAUUUCCUCUAUAUUUAAUCAUAUUUCUGAGGUAAGAUCAGGGUUGGUACCACUGUAAAUAAAACAGGUUUUGCAAUGUGUGGUAGCAUAGAGAAGCUGGGGUAUAAAGAAGGAAGAGCUCCGGAAAUCAGCACUCUGAGUGGAGGGGCAGGGCCACCAUGUAGGGAGGAAGUUUCCUGAACUUACAAUGGGUUUGGCACUUGCAGAGGUGAGCUCACAAGCUGCCCACUGAGCUGGGCCCUCUGAUUGUUUAAUAUUUGUAUUCUUCUAUGGCGGUUCUACAGUCAUAUGGCUGGUGUAAUGGCUGCCACAGAAAAUGAAAGAAAAGUUGAAAGACUUUAUUAAAAUAUAAGACUUGCCAUUUGGAUGUUAUUCCUUGUCCAUCCAUCUAUCCAUUCAACAACUGUGCUGGGCACUGUCCAAGUUCUGUGAGUCGGUGUUCCAGAUAAAGCAUCUACUCACAGCCGGGAAAGCAGAGCUGCCAGAGAGUGGUAGCAGGAGUAGUAAUAUUAUAUUGUAACUCUAUGUAAAUAAUCAUUGACCUUGACCAUGUAUCAGGAGCCACUUCUAUGAGUGCUGGCCAGAUUAGUGAUGUCACUUUUUGCUUAUAUGAGGGAAACUGCCAGAUUUUUGUGGGUAGCAUUUGGUAAUUAAAUAACUUAAUGCAAAUUUCGUUUGCUAAAGCCCUAAAACCAGCCAGCACAGAGAGAAGCAGUCAUCCUUGAAAAUGGCGUUUGUAACCCUGAUUGCUUAGUUCCUUCAUUUGUAUACUCACUCUUUGAUGAUUUUCUCAGUACCUGUUAUGUACAAUAUGCCCUGAACCACCUAUAAAAUAAGAGAAAAAACAAACAAUGAGAGAAAUUGAGAAGAAAAUAUGUAAACUAAAUGAAUUCAAAAGCAAAAACACAUGGCAUGUGGGUAUGAUUCUUUCUCAAAACCAAAAUAACUGAUUAUUCUGCAAAACAAAUUUCCCCACGGCUGUGAUCAUAACAGGAAAAAUGUGGGUCUUGAGAUCAAAGAUAAAUAAAAUUCUGUAGAAAUGAAAGUAGUAGGUGAUAACCCGUGCUCACUUAUGUGCAUUAUCCGAAAUUAAUUUUCUUUCUGUGUUACUAUGGAUUAAAGGAUUUGACAUAAUGACUCUGAAGAACAUUGCUGACUGAUCCAGCACACAGUGUACAUCACACACCGUACAUUUUUCUUAAGCAUCCAAUUCAGAUCUUCCCUGCUCCUCUACACACAUCUCAAUGCCUCAGCAGUUACUACGACAGCCACCAUCCUAAGGACACAAUGGAAAAUCAGACACGGGUCACAGAGUUCGUUCUCCUGGGAUUUCCACUCAGCCCAAGGACACCGCUGCUCUUUCUUGGCCUCUUCUUCCUGUUCUACACCUUGACCAUACUGGGGAAUGGGCUCAUCCUGGGACUCAUCUGCUUGGACUCUAGACUGCACACCCCCAUAUACUUCUUCCUCUCACACUUGGCCCUCGUGGACAUUUCAUAUGCUUCCAACAAUGUCCCAAAGAUGCUGGCAAACCUUCUAAGCAAGAAAAAAGCCAUUUCCUUUGGCCCAUGCAUAACACAGACCUUUUGGUACAUGGCUUUUGCUCACACUGAGUGUCUCGUCCUGGUGAUGAUGUCCUAUGAUAGGCAUAUGGCCAUCUGCCAUCCCCUGCAAUAUUCUGCUAUCAUGAGCUGGACAGUGUGCAUUGUCCUUGCCAUUGUUUCCUGGGCAUGUGGCUCCCUCCUGGCCCUGGUCCAUGUGGUUCUCAUGCUGAGGCUGCCCUUCUGUGGGCCUCAUCAAAUCAGCCACUUCUUCUGUGAAAUCCUGUCUGUCCUCAAGCUGGCCUGUGCUGACACCAGGCUCAAUCAAGUCGUCAUCUUUGCAGCCUGUGUGUUCAUCUUAGCGGGAGUGUACAUCACAAGGGUAGAUGAUUACAACAUCACCAAGUGGUACUAUCUUAUGGGACCAUCAUGGUAUAUACAGUCCAUCACUGACUAA